GUCCCACGUGCGCGUGGCUAGCAAUGGAAUUAAAGAAAAUGAAGCCUUUAAAGGAUGAAGCGGCAGCCGAAUCCCCGCCAGAAACCGUCGCCCGGAAGCGCCGCAACCCGUUCAACACGCAGCGGCUGAAGGAGGAAAAGGAGCGCCGCCAGAAGAAGCGGGCGCGGCUCAUCGUGCGCAACAUCAGCUACAAGUCGACGGAGGACUCGAUGCGGGAGCACUUCGGGCAGUGGGGCACGCUGGAGGAUGUGCACAUCCUAAAGCGCGGCGACGGCAAGCUGGUGGGCUGCGCCUUCGUGCAGUACGAGACCAUCAACCAGGCCACCAAGGCGAUCCUGCACUCCAACGGCAAGGAGCUGCUCGGCAGGAAGGUGUUCGUGGACUGGGCUCUGGGCAAGGAUGAGUACGCGUCCAAGAACCCCAAGGAGGAGCCGGAUGAGAAGAAGCCAAAGGUGGAGGUGAAGGAGGAGGACGGGGAAGAGAAGGAGGUCAAGGAGGAAAGCGACGAGGAAGCUGGAGAGGAUGAGAGCGAUUCCGGGGAGGAUUCUGAGGCGGAAGAUGAGGAUAACGAUGGGGAAUCUGAGUCUGAGGACGAGGAGGAGGAGGACGAAGACCAGAAGGAGGACAAAGACGAACUGAAAUCCAAGUUAGAUAUCGAAAAUGUCAAAAAGGAGAAGCAAAUCUCCAACGACGUCCAGCAGGGCUGCACGGUCUUCAUCAAGAACGUGCCCUUCGAUGCCGAGGACGCGGAUCUGCGCAAGGUGUGCCGCAAGUUUGGCCUGGUCAACUAUGCCAUCAUCAAUCGCCAGGCUGUCUCUGGCCACUCGAAGGGCACGGCAUUUGUUAAAUUCAAGGCCAAGGAGUCGGCGGAUCUCUGCCUGCAAGCCGGCACGGAGUUCAAGCUGAUGGACGAGGUCCUGGACCCCCAUCCCGCCCUGAGUCGCGAGGAGAUGAAGUCGAAGCAGACGCAGGACAACAAAAAAGACGAUUCGAAGGAUUCUCGAAAUCUGUAUUUGGCCAGGGAAGGUCUCAUUAUGUCCGGAGCGAAGGCGGCAGAUGGGGUUUCCGCAUCGGACAUGGCCAAGCGCCACGAACUGGAGCAGGUGAAGACGCAGGUGCUCAAGAACUUGAACCGAUUUGUUUCCCGCAAUCGCCUGUCCAUCCACAAUCUUCCCCUGAACUAUGACAACGAGAAGCUGAAGCAAAUGGCCCAGACCUACACUGGCUUCCGGCCCCACGAAUGCCGGGUGAUGAGGGAGCACAAGGUGACCCCCGAGCAUCCCGACGGCAAGUCCAAGGGCUUCGGCUUCCUCUCCUUCGACACGCAUCAGAGGGCCCUGACUGCCCUGCGCAAGUUGAACAACAAUCCCAGCAUCUUUGGAGCUCAGAGUCGCCCCAUUGUCGCCUUCAGUAUAGAGGAUCGGGCUGUGCACAAAAUCAAGGAGAAGCGCACGGAGCGCUCCAAGCUAAACAAUCCCACCUACAAGGACAAGCAGCAGCAGCGCAAGGAGCGACGGCAGCAGAAGCGCAGUGGCCAGAAGACCAAACCCACGCCGGGACCACAGACAGACAACAAGGCCAAGCUGCAGAAGCACAUCCAGAAGCUGGAGGCAUCGCGGGCAGCCAAGGCCGAGGGCAAGGCCGCGGAGAAGAAGCAACUCAGCGACGUGCAGGACGACUAUGUGGGCACGGCAGCCAAGCCGGGCACCUCGCUGAAAAUGCGCUCCAAGAAGAAGAUCGUGGAGCAGGCCAAGGAGCACUUGAAGAAGGUGAAGACCGAGAAGCGCAAGCAGAAGAACAAGAAGAUACGCGAAUCGCAUCUGGCAGAGCGCAAGGCCAACAAUCGACCCAAGCAGGGACGCAAGAAGGAAAAGGACGACCUGCGACCCCUAAUUAAUAAGUACAAGAACAUGAUUAGCGGAAAUCAAGGAGGCGGCGGUGUUGAGGGAGGUAAAAUUAAGAAGCCCAAGCGCACCAAGUGGUACACGGAGUAGAUGUCCCUUUGUAUAGGUUAAGAAAUCGGUCGUUUUAGCAAUAAAACUGUAAAUGAGAAAACCAAUUCAGGUAACUUCAGCCUAA